AUGGAAACUGCUGAGUUCUAUUAUGUUUAUUACUUAGCUCAAGAUUAUCUGCAAUAUGUGCUUCAGGAAUCACAUCUUGGACCAGCCCAAACCAGGGUUGCUCAUGUCUUGCGAAACAUUGCAUCUUCGCUGCAAGAUCAAACCGAGGAGGCUCUCAGACCAUUCUUGGACAGGAUUGAUAUUACCUCUGUAGCCGUUGCAAAGAGAAUUUUCAAUGGUGUCAUGGAAGAAAAAUUUGCUGAUGGAAAUACUAACUGGGGACGAAUUAUGACCAUAUUUACGUUUGGAGGUCUUCUCACUAAGAAGCUUCAAGAGCACGGAGUUCAGCUCACUGGAGAGGAGAAGGAGCAGAUUUCUUACUUCAUCACAGAGUACAUAAUAAACAACAAAGCCGAAUGGAUAGAUGCGAACGGUGGCUGGGAAAAUGGCUUCCUAACGAAGUUUGAAAGAAGAUCACUACUAUCUUUCUCCAAAAUUACAGCCAUGUUCAUAGCUGUUUUUUCCUUGUUCAGAGAGUACUACUGAAAUAAACGGACCUGCCAUUCAUGUAUAAUCUAGAUAUUGCCACAAGCUUCAUUGCUAAGCUUUCCUCCAAGCAAUAUCAACGAGAAAAUAAUUGU